UGUAGUGUGCCUGUGCGCUCUGUGUUGUCCACCGUGUACCAGUCUGAGCGCACGGCGGAUCUCCGCACUUAGACCAGAACCAUGGCUUGAAUUACAGUACCUGCUGGACAUCCUAUUAUCUAAUGAUGUUCUUUUAACCAGCAUGCGACGACUUGCUCUGUUCUUCUGAUCUGAAAAAGACCCGAUACCCCGGUCGGUUCGGAUUAAUUUUCUGCGCAUCAUUUGGACAGGCGUCUCUAGGAUGGAGCACAUCAGAACACCAAAGGUGGAAAAUGUGCGUAUGAUUGAUAGACUGACCCCCAGGAAAUCUACUGUGGGAACAUUAUACCUCUCCUCUACUCACACUAUAUUUGUAGAGAACUCAGAGGCCCGCAAAGAGACCUGGGUUCUGCACAGUUUGGUUUACAAUGUGGAAAGACUCCCAACAAACCCAUCAGGAAGUCCUGUCAUUAUCCGCUGCAAGAACUUCCAUAUUUACCGACUGCUGAUCCCACAAGAGAAGGACUGUUUAGAUGUAGUGGCCUCCCUCACUCGACUUUCACGCCCAGAACGCUAUGGAGAGCUGUUUUGCUUUUCUUUUAACCCCAACCUGGAUAAAGAGUUAAGGGAAAAGGCAUGGGGCUUCAUCGACCUGAAGGCAGAAUUCAGUCGAAUGGGGAUACCCAGCAACCUCUGGCAUGUCAUGGCAGCUAAUCAUGAGUACAGAUUGUGUGACACUUACCCGUCAGAGCUGUUUGUGCCAAAAUCAGCUUCUCCUGCUGUCAUUGUGGGCAGUGCCAAGUUCCGGAGUCGAGGCCGUCUUCCUGUUCUCUCCUACUUCCACAGAGACACCAGCGCAUCAAUCUGUCGGAGCAGUCAGCCUCUUUCAGGUUUCAGUGCACGCUCCUCAGAUGAUGAGCAGUUGCUGCAGGCCAUUAUGAAGUCAAACCCCGUCAGCGAGUUCAUGUAUGUGGUGGACACAAGGCCAAAGCUAAAUGCCAUGGCUAAUCGUGCUGCAGGGAAGGGGUACGAGAAUGAAGACCAUUACACUAAUAUAAAACUGCAGUUCAUUGGCAUAGAGAACAUCCAUGUCAUGAGGAACAGCCAACAAAAGCUUAUAGAUGUUGGUGAACUCACAGCUCCCUCCAUGAGUGAUUUUCUAUGGGGUCUGGAGAACUCUGGGUGGCUAAAACACAUCAAAGCUGUACUUGAUGCUGGAGUUUUCAUUGCAAAGGCAGUGGCGGAGGAUGGAGUGAGUGUUUUAGUACACUGUUCGGACGGGUGGGACAGAACAGCUCAGGCCUGUUCGGUGGCUAGUGUACUGCUUGAUCCAUACUACAGAACUAUCAAAGGACUGAUGGUUCUGAUUGAGAAGGACUGGGUGUCAUUUGGACACAAGUUUUCCCACAGGUACGCUCACAUUGACAGUGAUCCUAAGGAGGUUUCUCCAGUCAUGGACCAGUUUCUGGAGUGCGUGUGGCAGCUAAUGCAGCAGUUUCCCUGUGCGUUUGAGUUCAAUGAGCGAUUCCUCAUACAGCUACACACACAUAUCUACUCCUGCCAGUACGGGAACUUCAUCGGCAAUUGCCAGAAAGAGAGGAGAGACUUGAGGUUACAAGAACGAACACACUCUUUGUGGCCACACCUGUGGGAGAACAGGGCUGAAUACACAAACCCUCUAUACAGGACAGACCACAGCCAGACACAGGGUGUUCUGAAACCUCUCACCACUGCCUACUGUUUCAAGUUUUGGAAGGGGAUGUACGGCCGUGCAGAGAAAAGUGUGGCUUCACACCAGUCUCCAGCCGACUGCCUGAACGCAGUGAGGGAGGAGUCACAACAAUUGGAGGAGGAGCUUAGCACCCACCAGGAGAGACUUGCCCAACUAAAGGAAAGGAAAAUUUCAGGGGAGAUGAGGAAGACCAACAAGUUGUCUGAACGCGUCCGCCGUCCAAUUCCAACCGAGAGAGAACUCGGCAGCCCUCUAGACUACUUCACCACCCCUAGAAGCGAGAAGCACACUCCUUCCUUCACACUGCCGCUAGAGUUAGCAGCCCCACCCAAGAACGGUGACCCUGAUGACCUUUCAACCUGCAGUGAUUUCGAGUCAGGUGUGGCUGACCUCAGCAGCCACUCCUCUAGUGCUGGAGACGACGAGGUGGUCAAAACAAACGGCUGAACUAAAACAGAACUGGUGACAAUGAGGGAUAAAAGCACAGUAACGGGUACCAAACUGGGAACUGCUGUUUUUUUUAAUGUUAUUUUAUUUUUUUUUAAAUCUGUGUGUAAAUUUAUAUUUAAGUAUGUGAACAAAUACACAUAUCCAAGAUGGUCUGGCAAUAAGACCUUAUUCCAUUAUAGUGAAAUUUUAUUUCUUGUAUAGUAUUUUAAGCUUUGUUAAACUGUCUGAUCAUUCAAGCUGUCAGUCUUUAUUUAUUUAUUUUUUGGAACAUAUUAGCACACUACUCAUACUAAUAUACAGAACAUAUAUGAGAUACCCAGAAUUACAGAAGCUUGUUUCAUCCAUGGGAUAAAGAAAAAGUAAUUUUAUUUCACAAUUCAGACUUUUUGUCUUGCAUUUACGAGUUAUAUCUCACAAUUAUAUUGUUGUUGGUUUUUUAUUUUUGUUUUUUUUUCAACUUAAAAUUCUGAGACAGAAAUUGUGUAACGUCAACCGAGAAUUGAGUUUACAUCUCACAAUUCUAUUUUUCUUAGAAUUCUAAGUUUACAUCUUGCUAUUUUUUUCCCACCAUGAAAAAAGAGACUUCACAAUUCAGACUUUUUGUCUUGCAGUUGUGAGUUUUUCAGCUUAAAUCUGAGAAAUGUAAAAGGAAUUGUGUAUUAUAUAAUAAGAAUUGACUUUUUUUCUCAGAAUUCUGACUUUAAAUCUCACAAUUACAACUAUUUUUUCAGAAUUCUAAAUUUACAUCUUGCCAUUUUUUCCCACCACAGAAUUAAAAAAAGUUAAUUCAAUUCAGUUUUUGUCUCGCAAUUGUGAUUUUUUUUUUUUUUUUUAUAGCUCAUAAUUAUAUUUUUAAAGUUAUAUUUAAAAUGUUUUCAGCUUAAAAUUCCGAGAAAGGAAUUGUGUAAUAUAAACUGAGAAUUUACUUCUUUUUUUUUUUUAAGAAUUCUGAGUUUACAUCUCACAAUUCUUAUAAUUUUUCUUAGAAUUCUAAGUUUGCAUCUUGCUAUUUUUUUUCUCAGAAUUCUGAUUUUACAUCUCACAAUUCUAAAUAUUUUUCUGAGAGUUUACAUCUUGUUUUUUUUCUAAAUAAAAAGUUUUUUUUUAUCUCACAAUUCAGACUUUUUGUCUUGCAGUUUAUAUCUCACAGUUAUAAUUAUAAUAAUAUAUUAUUAUUUUUUUUUCUUCAACUUAAAAUUCUGAAAAAGCAAUUGUGUAAUAUAAACUGAGAACUGACUUUUUUCUUAGAAUUCUGACUUUACAUCUCACAUUUCUGAUUAUUUUUCUCAGAAUUCUAAGUUUACACUAUUUUUUCCCUGCCAUGGAAUAAAAAAAGUUCAGACUUUUUGUUUGCGAUUGUGAGUUAUGUUUUUAGGUUAUAUUUACAUUGUUUUCAAUUAAAGGAAAGGAAUUGUGUAAAAUAAACUGAGAAUGGACUUUUUUUCUCAGAAUUCUGGCUUUACAUCUCAGAAUUCUCUGAAAAAUAAUCAGAAUUCUAAGUUUACAUCUUGCUUUUUUUUCCCCUCAGAAUUCUGUUUCUCAACUCAAUUUGUCUGAGAAUUUUAACUUUACAUCUUUACAGCAAAAAAAAAAAAAAUCUCACAAUUCAGACUUUUGAUCCCUAUGACAUUUAUUUUUUUUUCUGAGAAAGGAAUUGUGUAAUAUAAACUGAGAACUUAUUUUUUUUCUCUCACAAUUCUGAUUAUUUUUCUCAGAAUUCUAAAUUUACAUCUUGCUAUUUUUUUCCCACUAUGGAAUUUAAAAGAAAAUACUUUUAUCUCACAAUUCUGUUUGUUUGUUUUUUACUCACAAUCUCAUAAUUCUACCUUUAUAUCUUAAAAUUAUUUUUAAAAAAAGUCUGAAUUGUGAGAAAAAAAAAAGUCUGAUUUAUGAGAUAAAAGGUUGGAAUUACCUUCAUUCAUUUAUUUUAUUUUUUUCUUACAGAUUCCCACCUGUGUGUUUAGAAAAUCUUAAACAAAAAUAAUGAGAAUUUGCUGUACAUGUGAAAACAAGAACCAUAGGCUAUGGAACCAAGAGCUGUAUGGCACCCACACUACAUUUACUUCCCAUUCCUGUAACUGUAGGCAUACGCUGACAUGUAGACAAUCAAUCCCUCACACAACCAUGUGAUUACCAUUUUAGCAACAACAGCAGAUUUUAAAUGUCUGGAACAUAUGAAUAUCUACAUUUCUAAGGCAAAUGCUCUCAAUAAAGUGUUUGCCAAACAGCAAACAAAAUUAC